AACGCCUGCCUAGAUUUAUACAGUCAAGUACAAAUAAUUUCCUGAAGGCUGAGUGUCAAACACGGUCGCUGCAAAACCUCCAGACGCUCAGGACGUUCGCAGGCUCCAUUGACAAAAGUGACUUCCCACGCUUUGCCCACAGAGGGCAUCCCUGCGCAUUGAUACGUAGACCAGGCGAAUGCAGCUGCUGGAAGCCUCCUCCGUCCGCUCUUUUUUUCCGUAAGCCAUAGUCUCUCUGCCCCCACCCCCUUCCCGUGGAAUCUUUGCCUGAUCCAGUUCGUUUCCCUCCGGUCUCCACAUUUUCCCUCCCAGCCCUCCACUUCUCUGGAUCAAUGUGUAGUAGGGUUCCAACUCUCAGCUCUCACACCGCUGGCGGACACCCCAGUAACAAGUGAGAGCGCUGCACCCCGCAGCCCCCCUGCCUCUCCUCCCUCGGUCCCUUCGGCUCUUGGAGGAAAAACCAACAGCAUCUCCAGCUCUCGCGCGGAAUCGUCUCUUCAACUUUACCCAACCGACGACAUGGGACCAGCCUCAACCUUUUAAUGCACAGCCCGGCCACAGGAUUGCCUUCCAUCUCCUCUUGGUCCCUUCUGGAUGUGGUUUAUUGAUGACUCGCGAGCCCCUCGGAGAGCUGUCCUCCCUCCUCUGGCUCCCUCCGUUUCCUUGAGUUAGUUUUCCAAGGUUUUACCGGGGCUCAGGAUCUCUUGGACCUAAUGGAACUUUUUGCUGCCUCCUUUUGCUGCUGAUUGUGUCAGUGGACAAGGAAAAAGGCUUCGAAGGCAGCAGAGGCGCAGGGGAGGUGGAGAAAGAGGUGGAGGAAGAGGACGAGGAGGAGGAGGAGGAGGAAGCCGAAGGGGCUCGGCGCGUGUGUGUGCAUGUGUGCAUGCGUGUAUGAGUGCAUGUGUGUGAGCGCUGCCGCUGCCCACGACCCCUGGCCCCGAAGGUGUUGGCUGAAAUAUGGAGAAUAGUCUUGGAUGUGUUUGGGUACCCAAGCUGGCUUUUGUACUCUUCGGAGCUUCCCUGCUCAGCGCGCAUCUUCAAGUAACCGGUUUUCAAAUUAAAGCUUUCACAGCACUGCGCUUCCUCUCAGAACCUUCUGAUGCCAUCACAAUGCGAGGAGGAAAUGUCCUCCUGGACUGCUCUGCAGAGUCUGACCAAGGAGUUCCAGUGAUCAAGUGGAAGAAAGAUGGCAUCCAUCUAGCCUUGGGAAUGGACGAAAGGAAGCAGCAACUUUCAAAUGGGUCUCUGUUGAUACAAAACAUACUUCAUUCCAGACACCACAAGCCAGAUGAGGGACUUUACCAAUGUGAGGCAUCUUUAGGAGAUUCCGGGUCAAUUAUUAGUCGGACAGCAAAAGUUGCAGUAGCAGGACCACUGAGGUUCCUUUCCCAGACAGAAUCUGUCACAGCCUUCAUGGGAGACACAGUGCUACUCAAGUGUGAAGUCAUUGGGGAGCCCAUGCCAACAAUACACUGGCAGAAGAACCAACAAGACCUGACUCCAAUCCCAGGUGACUCCCGAGUGGUGGUCUUGCCCUCUGGAGCAUUGCAGAUCAGCCGACUCCAACCAGGGGACAUUGGAAUUUACCGAUGCUCAGCUCGAAAUCCAGCCAGCUCAAGAACAGGAAAUGAAGCAGAAGUCAGAAUUUUAUCAGAUCCAGGACUGCAUAGACAGCUGUAUUUUCUGCAAAGACCAUCCAAUGUAGUAGCCAUUGAAGGAAAAGAUGCUGUCCUGGAAUGUUGUGUUUCUGGCUAUCCUCCGCCAAGUUUUACCUGGUUACGAGGCGAGGAAGUCAUCCAACUCAGGUCUAAAAAGUAUUCUUUAUUGGGUGGAAGCAACUUGCUUAUCUCCAAUGUGACAGACGAUGACAGUGGAAUGUAUACCUGUGUUGUCACGUAUAAAAAUGAGAAUAUUAGUGCCUCUGCAGAGCUCACAGUCUUGGUUCCGCCAUGGUUUUUAAAUCAUCCUUCCAACCUCUAUGCCUAUGAAAGCAUGGAUAUUGAGUUUGAAUGUACAGUCUCUGGAAAGCCUGUGCCCACUGUGAAUUGGAUGAAGAAUGGAGAUGUGGUCAUUCCUAGUGAUUAUUUUCAGAUAGUGGGAGGAAGCAACUUACGGAUACUUGGGGUAGUGAAGUCAGAUGAAGGCUUUUAUCAAUGUGUGGCUGAAAAUGAGGCUGGAAAUGCUCAGACUAGUGCACAGCUCAUCGUCCCUAAGCCUGCUAUCCCAAGCUCCAGUGUCCUCCCUUCAGCUCCCAGAGAUGUGGUCCCUGUCUUGGUUUCCAGCCGAUUUGUCCGUCUCAGCUGGCGUCCACCUGCAGAAGCAAAAGGGAACAUUCAAACCUUCACGGUAUUUUUCUCCAGAGAAGGUGACAACAGGGAGCGAGCGUUGAAUACAACACAGCCUGGGUCCCUUCAGCUCACCGUGGGAAACCUGAAGCCAGAAGCCAUCUACACUUUCCGAGUUGUGGCUUACAAUGAAUGGGGACCAGGAGAAAGUUCUCAACCCAUCAAGGUGGCCACACAGCCUGAGUUACAAGUUCCAGGGCCAGUAGAAAACCUGCAAGCUGUAUCUACCUCACCUACCUCAAUUCUUAUUACCUGGGAACCCCCUGCCUAUGCAAACGGUCCAGUCCAAGGUUAUAGAUUGUUCUGCACUGAGGUGUCCACGGGAAAAGAACAGAAUAUAGAGGUUGAUGGACUAUCUUAUAAACUGGAAGGCCUGAAAAAAUUCACCGAAUAUAGUCUUCGAUUCUUAGCUUAUAAUCGCUACGGCCCAGGAGUGUCUACUGAUGAUGUAACAGUGGUUACGCUUUCUGAUGUGCCAAGUGCUCCGCCACAGAACGUCUCCCUGGAAGUGGUCAAUUCAAGAAGUAUCAAAGUUAGCUGGCUGCCUCCUCCAUCAGGAACACAAAAUGGAUUUAUUACUGGCUAUAAAAUUCGACACAGAAAGACGACCCGCAGGGGUGAGAUGGAAACACUGGAGCCAAACAACCUCUGGUACCUAUUCACAGGACUGGAGAAAGGAAGUCAGUACAGUUUCCAAGUGUCAGCCAUGACAGUCAAUGGUACUGGACCACCUUCCAACUGGUAUACUGCAGAGACCCCAGAGAAUGAUCUAGAUGAAUCUCAAGUUCCUGAUCAACCAAGCUCUCUUCAUGUGAGGCCCCAGACUAACUGCAUCAUCAUGAGUUGGACGCCUCCCUUGAACCCAAACAUUGUGGUCCGAGGUUAUAUUAUCGGUUAUGGUGUUGGGAGCCCUUAUGCUGAGACAGUGCGCGUGGACAGCAAGCAGCGAUAUUAUUCAAUUGAGAGAUUAGAGUCAAGUUCCCAUUAUGUAAUCUCCCUAAAAGCUUUUAACAAUGCAGGAGAAGGAGUUCCUCUUUAUGAAAGUGCCACCACCAGGUCUAUAACAGAUCCCACUGACCCAGUUGAUUAUUAUCCUUUGCUUGAUGAUUUCCCCACCUCGGUCCCAGAUCUCUCCACCCCCAUGCUCCCACCAGUAGGUGUACAGGCUGUGGCUCUUACCCAUGAUGCCGUGAGGGUCAGCUGGGCAGACAACUCUGUCCCUAAGAACCAAAAGACAUCUGAGGUGCGACUUUACACCGUCCGGUGGAGAACCAGCUUUUCUGCGAGUGCAAAAUACAAGUCAGAAGACACAACAUCUCUAAGUUACACAGCAACAGGCCUCAAACCAAACACAAUGUAUGAAUUCUCAGUCAUGGUAACAAAAAACAGAAGGUCCAGUACUUGGAGCAUGACAGCGCAUGCCACCACGUAUGAAGCAGCCCCGACCUCUGCUCCCAAGGAUUUGACGGUCAUUACCAGGGAAGGGAAGCCUCGUGCCGUCAUUGUGAGUUGGCAGCCUCCCUUGGAAGCCAAUGGGAAAAUUACUGCUUACAUCUUAUUUUAUACCUUGGACAAGAACAUCCCAAUUGAUGACUGGAUUAUGGAAACAAUCAGUGGUGAUCGGCUUACUCAUCAAAUCAUGGAUCUCAACCUUGACACGAUGUAUUACUUUCGAAUUCAAGCACGAAAUUCGAAAGGAGUAGGGCCACUCUCUGAUCCUAUCCUCUUCAGGACUCUGAAAGUGGAACACCCUGACAAAAUGGCUAAUGACCAAGGUCGUCAUGGAGAUGGAGGUUAUUGGCCAGUUGAUACUAAUUUGAUUGAUAGAAGCACCCUAAAUGAGCCGCCAAUUGGACAAAUGCACCCCCCGCACGGCAGCGUCACUCCUCAGAAGAACAGCAACCUGCUUGUGAUCAUUGUGGUCACCGUUGGUGUCAUCACAGUGCUGGUGGUCGUCAUUGUGGCCGUGAUUUGCACCCGACGCUCUUCAGCCCAGCAGAGAAAAAAACGAGCCACCCACAGUGUUGGCAAAAGGAAGGGCAGCCAGAAGGACCUCCGACCCCCUGAUCUUUGGAUCCAUCAUGAAGAAAUGGAGAUGAAAAAUAUUGAGAAGCCAUCCAGCACUGACCCUGCAGGAAGGGACUCUCCCAUCCAAAGUUGCCAAGACCUCACACCAGUCAGCCACAGCCAGUCAGAAACCCAACUGGGGAGCAAAAGCACCUCUCAUUCAGGUCAAGACACUGAGGAAGCAGGGAGCUCUAUGUCCACUCUGGAGAGGUCACUGGCUGCACGCCGAGCACCCCGGGCCAAGCUCAUGAUUCCCAUGGAUGCCCAGUCCAACAAUCCUGCUGUUGUGAGUGCCAUCCCUGUGCCGACCCUAGAAAGUGCCCAGUACCCAGGAAUCCUCCCGUCUCCCACCUGUGGAUAUCCCCACCCGCAGUUCACUCUCCGGCCUGUGCCAUUCCCAACACUGUCAGUGGACCGAGGUUUUGGAGCAGGAAGAAGUCAGUCAGUGAGUGAAGGACCAACCACCCAACAACCACCCAUGCUGCCCCCAUCUCAGCCUGAGCAUUCCAGCAGUGAGGAGGCACCAAGCAGAACCAUCCCCACGGCUUGUGUUCGACCAACUCAUCCACUCCGCAGCUUUGCCAAUCCUUUGCUACCUCCACCAAUGAGUGCAAUAGAACCGAAAGUCCCUUACACACCACUUUUGUCUCAGCCAGGGCCCACUCUUCCUAAGACCCAUGUGAAAACAGCAUCCCUUGGGUUGGCUGGAAAAGCAAGAUCCCCUUUGCUUCCUGUGUCUGUGCCAACAGCCCCUGAAGUGUCUGAGGAGAGCCACAAACCAACAGAGGAUUCAGCCAAUGUGUAUGAACAGGAUGAUCUGAGUGAACAAAUGGCAAGUUUGGAAGGACUCAUGAAGCAGCUUAAUGCCAUCACAGGCUCAGCCUUUUAACACGUAUUUCCAAAUGGAUGAGGAGAAUUUUCCGGGAACUUUGCAGCAUACCAAUUACCCAUAAACAGCACACCUGUGUCCAAGAACUCUAACUAGUGUACAGGUCACCCAUCAGGACCACUCAGUUAAGGAAGAUCCUGAAGCAGUUCAGAAGGAAUAAGCAUUCCUUCUUUCAUAGGCAUCAGGAAUUUUCAAAUGAUGACUAUGAGGUCCCUAAACAAAAGCAAAAUGCAUUUCACUGCAAUGUCAAUUUAAGCUGCUAGAAUAGUCCUGGGCCUUUGCCACUGCAGUGACCACACUGUCAUAACUAAUGCCUACGUUUUCCUUUGUCAAGGCCUGUUGUUUAAUGUGUAGGUCUAGUCUCACAAAAUGCAAGUGCAUUAUUUAAGCCUGUACCGUACCAUGGCAAACCGGUGCGAGCUCCCUAUUUUAUUUUCAACUUUAACAUACAAAGCACCCACGGGAAUCUCUCAUGCCAUAGCACCAAAGGAUUGGAUGUUUUCCUUACAGCACAAAAAGUAAAUAGUAAACAAAAGGCAGAGAAUGCUUAUGUUUGUAACACAGUCAUUCAUCUUGCACAAGUGGUGGAUAUUAGUGAGUGGCUAUAAAAUUCACUCAUUUUGGCUAGUAUUUGUAAAUCCACCCUUGGUUAACAUUUAUGUCUGGAGUCCAGGAACAUAAAAAUCUACAACUAGUGGUGUUCUGCCAGCAGCAGUACAGUACAUUUCC